AUGGCGCACGCGGAAGAAGUCCUCGGUGCCCCCGAUGGCUCUGCCUUGACUUGGAUCUUGGAUCAUUGCCUUCGCUACCCCGGCACCUACGAGAUCCCUCUGCGGACUAUGUACGCUCUGAACUCCAACCCGACUCGUUACGCCAACGAAACCACCCGCUCCAACCGUUCCUCCGGUUCCUCCAACCUCUCCAUCUCCUCCGCCCAGAACCAAAACAUAUCAUCAUGGGACGCGGCCGCCGAACUCCGCGCUCAACUGUCCCACCAGAUCUCGCGUCUCCCUACCCAGCCUUGCUCGCUUCCUCCUAGCUUCAUCACAAGCUUCCUGCGUCGCUGCUUUUCUCCCGUUCUGGACGAGGUGGACUUCCCUCAGGCCUUGACUGCGUUGGACUACCUCAAGGACCUCGACAGCCGCCGGAGAAAGGAAGUUGCUGCGACCCUGCGUCGUCUGGGUGUCGAGACUGACACUCCUAACAGUCAGGCGGAGUUGAAGGAGACCAGGCCUGCGACUCUCUCGUGGAUCGAGUCGAUGAAUGUCAAGAUCCGCAGGGCGGAGUCGCUUUACAGUCAGAUCUACAUUGGCUUGCGUCGCUGGACCUUGCUGAACGAGAUGCUCCUCAGCGAGCCUUACAACAAGGCCAACUGCAUUGCCUUGCUCAACACUCUCUUCCCUCCUGUCACUGAGUUCACCGUCACCCCUACCCCUCAGCUUUCUACCAAGACCCUCAAGGCGCAACGGGACGGUUUCUUUCGCUACAUUACCGCUGUCGACACCAACGGCAAGCAAAUCCUUGAGAAGCUGAUGAUGCAAGGCGCGCGCGAAGGCGAAACCAACAACUGGACCGUCAUCCGCGAAGCACUUGACAAGUACUUGCGCCUCGCCAACGAAAUCAUCGAUGAGUGCACCGCGGUCACCGGCCCGGCAAGCCUAGGUGAAGAUGAAUUCCGCAGGGGUCGCAAGGUGGACUCUGGUAUCAGCUUUGUCUCGGCCCACAAGCCCAUGUCCUCUGUCAGCAGUGGCCCUACCGCGGAAGAUCUGGACAAGCCGCUGCCUCCGUCGCCCAACUCCAAGAGGGGUGGCUCUACCUUGGAACGUCUGGCUCGUGAGCUUCGCAAGCUGGGCGAUUCCGGAGUGUCUAAGAACUUGAGGAAGAUGAAGUCCAGUGCUGCCCUCUCCUCCCGGCCAGGGACCCCCAGUCCCACUGAGCAAUCGUCUUUUGACAUGGACGACCAAAAGCGUCGGCGAUUCCUCUGGGAGGCUUCAAACCGCAGGACGCAUUCCAAGCAACCCAGCUCAGAUUCUCAAUAA